AUGACCGCCGACGGCAACGCCGGUGGUAAUGCUGGUAGCAAUGGCAAUGAGAACAGCGGUGGCAGUGGUGGUGCCCCUGGUGGCCAAUGGCCGUCCUGCAGCCAAUGUCAGGGUAGACAUCGCCCUGGAGUGCCUUGCUGGCAGCCGUGUCCACGGUGCGGCAUACGGCACCACAGGCGCAGUGUUUGCCCGACGGCGGAUGCGCACCAGCAGCAGAUUUCGGUGCUGCAGCAACAAAACGCGCAAAUGGUUGCCGAAAUGCAGCAAUUGCGUGUUGAGGUGCAGGCGAGAUCUGCACAUGCUGCUGCCUACGGCUACGGCGGCCCUCCCCUCCCUCCUCAACUUCCUCAGCCCUUCUACCCCUCCUAUCCCUCCUACCCCUCCUCACCCUGGCAGCCGCAGCAGGUCAUGCCGCCCAUGGGCAUGGGCCGCUUCCCCUACCAAGGCGCGCAGUAUCCGCCGUCGAUGCCGCCUCCCGGUCCUUACGUUGGAGGUUCAGCAGUCGGUGUGCCGCAAGGCAUGCCUUCUGAUGCCUUCAAUUGGUUCGGCGGUGGUUCUGAGCAGGCUUCCCGUAGGGGUGGCUUGCCCUGGAACAACCGAGGCCGGGGAGGUAGACGCCCGGGGAGGAAGGCCAAUGAGAAGGAUAAGAAGAAGAAGAAGGAAGAUGAGAAGGAGAAGGAGAAGGAGAAGGAGAAGGAGAAAGAGAAGGAGAAGGAGAAAGAGAGAGAUCCCUUGGCGCCUGAGCCAUCAGGUGUUCAGAAGCCAGGGAAGAGCGCGGUGAGAAACGCGAGACGCCGCCAAAAGUUAAGGGCGAGGAAGGAGAAGAAGGACAAUGUUGACGAUGGUCGCGAGAGAGAGGAAGAAGGUGAGAUGUCUGGGGUCGAGAACUCGACCUCAGGAACUCAACCUUCAGGCCCCUCUCAAAACCAGGAGUCAGAGCAGCAGAUUGCCGUAGUCGGCACCGCCUCGGCUAAUGAGGCUCAACCUUCAGGCUCCUCCCAGGGCCUGGAGGUAGGGCAGCAUAUCGCCGUGGUGGAUACCGUCUUGGCUACCGAGGAUCAAGCUCAGGUAGCUCUGCUCGUAGCAGACAACGCCAACGCAGCUGAGCCUCUCCCCUCUGUUCUUCCUCAUCAAACAGCCGAUGAAAGUGAACCGCCUCGGUCGUUGCUAGAUAUGGCGUUUGAGGGUUUUUUUGCACCCGGCGACAACUACGACUGCACCUUGGACGAGACGGAGUAG